CUCUCUCUCUCUCUCUCUCUGUGUCUCCCGUCUGUCCCUCUCUCUCUUUCUUUAUAUAUGCACCCCACCUCACAUACAGCAAUAAAAAGAAUAGUGGAAACCAAAAGAAGCAAGUGUUAGUUGUUAUUCUGCUAUUCGCGCCAUUACAAAUAGCAGCAGUUGCAAGAGAAGCUGUACAAGCGAAGAAAAACAGAACUCUCAACAGUAAUUCUCGAAGGGAAGAAAAGCGAAGCACGCAACCGAAGCAAACAUAGCAUUGAGGAUCAGAGAUGGUGGCGAUGCUUUGGUCUUCUCCAUGGAGAUGGUUGCUUCAAUUUUCCACAGCGGCUCUGUUAAUUGCAGUCGUGUUCAUAGCAACCACAUUUAAGCUUCUCCUCAUAUUAUGGUGGAAGCCAAGAAGGAUAGUGCAGCACUUCGCCAAACAGGGCAUAAGAGGCCCUCCAUACCGAUUUUUCGUUGGCAAUCUCAGGGAAAUGAUUGGUUUGAUGCUCGAAGCUUCCUCAACUCCAAUGUCACCUCAGACCUCACACAACAUUCUUCCUAGAGUGCUAUCCUUUUACAAUCACUGGAAAAAGAUCUAUGGCUCCACCUUUCUUCUCUGGUUCGGUCCCACCGCUCGGUUGGCGGUCGCCAACCCUGAUCUCAUCCGCGAGAUUUUCCUCUCUCGAGCCGACUUUUUCGACCGAUACGAGUCGCACCCAUUAGUACGUAAGCUUGAAGGCGAUGGGCUCGUCAGCCUCAGGGGUGAGAAAUGGGCGCACCAUCGCAAGGUUCUUACACCCACAUUCCACAUGGAAAAUCUCAAAUUGUUGAUUCCGAUGAUCGGGAAGACGGUGAUAGAGAUGGUGGAUAAAUGGGCCAUGAUGUCGUCGGCUUCGGUUCGCGGUGAGGUGGAGAUUGAUGUGGCCGAUUGGUUUCAGGGGGUGACGGAGGACGCUAUUACUCGCACGGCGUUUGGUCGGAGCUACGAUGAUGGCAAGGCUGUUUUUCGUCUUCAAGCUCAGCAAAUGAUUGUUGCUGCGGAGGCAUUUCGCAUGAUCCUUGUUCCCGGCUACAGGUUUCUUCCGACGAAGCAGAACAGGAGCUCGUGGAAGCUAGACAUGGAGAUUCGUCGGAAUCUAGAGCGAUUAAUCGCAGUGCGGCGUAAAGAGACCGCUUUUGCGGUCGAGGAGAAGCAAAAGGAUAUUCUUGGUCUUAUGAUCAACGGCGGCGGCAGCGGAGACGCCCAACGGUCGGUAAACCCGGCGACGGUUGCGGCGAUAUCAGUCCGGGACAUAGUAGAGGAAUGCAAAACGUUCUUCUUCGCGGGUAAGCAGACCACAACGAACCUGCUGACGUGGACAACAGUGCUUCUCGGCAUGCAUCCGGAAUGGCAGGAGCGCGCCCGCCAAGAGGUCCUCCAGAUGUGCGGCUCACGUGACAUCCCUUCCCGCGACCAGCUCACCAAACUCAAAACGCUGGGCAUGAUACUGAACGAGACAAUGAGGCUGUAUCCACCCGCAGUGGCCACAAUCCGUCGGGCGAAAACAGACGUGCAGCUGGGCGGAAUAAACAUCCCACAAGGAACAGAGCUUUUGAUCCCAAUCAUGGCGGUGCAUCACGACACCCGUUGGUGGGGUUCAGAUGCAGCUCAAUUCAACCCGAGCCGUUUCGCACAAGGCGUGGCCCGUGCUGCCGCACAUCCAUCCGCCUUCAUUCCCUUCGGGAUGGGAGCCCGGAUGUGCAUCGGACAGAACCUUGCUCUGCUUGAAGCCAGACUAACGCUGGCUCUCAUUCUGCAGCGCUUCGCAUUCCGGCCAUCUCCAGCAUACGUCCACGCACCCACUGUGCUGAUGCUGCUAUACCCACAGUAUGGUGCGCCCAUGCUCUUUCGUCCCCUGGGGCUGUCGUGAAACCCAGCAGCGCUCAUGGUCUGAACCUGAAAUGGAGUUAUAUAUACAUGUGAUGGCUGUCUUGCUCUGUUCAGAAGGAUGGCAAAGGCUGCAAUGUACACUGUUUGUUCAUCAUCUCUGUCUGUUGGUUACACAGUUUUGUACUAACCCCAAAGAAACAACACACUGGAGACAAGAUGUUAACUGGUAUUAUUACUUGCUGUACGUUUUGUUUAAUUCUGCUUUGUCCAUGAUCAUCCGGUUGGGACUGGUCUUGCAGCUCUCUGUCAAUGAUUAUUAUGGUGGU